AAUAAUUAUUAUGUAUUAUGUAUACCGUUUUACAGAAUUGUAUGCUUUUAUGAUAGGCAGCCAAGAGCAUAUGAAAAUAUAAACUGAUACAUGCAGAAUUGAAAUUAAACUUUACAGCAUGCGUAACUAUUAUCAAGCGGCACUUGCAAUUACUGCAGUAGUGAGCCUUGUGUCCUUAUUAUUUUAUAGACACGAGUACAACAAAUUAAGAUAUGUAUUAGAAGUUUUCAAUUACUUUGGUAAACCAAAUCAGAAAAAUGUUGAGACAAAUUGUACAAAUAAUGUAUCAACAUUUAGUAAACCUAACAUGAAAUUUGAGGUGCCUACUUCCUCCUGGCAGAGAUUAGAGAAUGACUUAUAUGUUUAUUCUGCAUACAAUAUACAUGAUACAGAAGUCCAAGUAAUAGGUUUUGGUUUACCGAGUAGUAUUCAAGAUAUGCAGUGCAUAAUAUUUUUUGAAAAUGAAAUCAAACCAACCUUAGGGAGUUUCAAAUACAUUCCAAUUAAUAGUAACUUAAGUGGUACAAAUACUGAUAAAAGUUUUUACAGUGGGUAUUAUUUCUACUGUCACUACACUAAAAAUAAAAUACCAGUAGGGAUAACAUUUCUUACAAAAUCUAAUAUAAAUAUCAAUGAUGCACCUAUAUUAGCAAUUAAAUCUGACCGAUACAAUUCAAAUUACACUAAUGUUGGUGUAUGUGUAACACCACCAUUAAUAAAACCAAUGCAUUCAUCGGAGAUGAUUGCUUUUAUAAAUUUUCAUGAUAUAAUUGGCAUGGAUAAUUUUAUAGUGUAUGAUUUCGGUAUUUCAAAUGAUUUUAAUAGUCAGCUGAAAGAAUUAUCUAAGUCACAAAAUCCACAAUGGAAAUUUACGUAUACAGUUGUGCCAUGGAAUUUUCCGUUUUCCGGAAUCCAUCCUAAUAUAAUAAAAGAUCUCAUACAGGCAGAUUGUCUAUAUCGUACAUACAAUAAAGUUAUGUACACUAUUUCAUUAUCAUGGGAAGAAUAUGUAGUACCAAGAUACCAUCAUUCCCUUGUUGAAUUAAUGACAGAUUUUAAACAAUCCAAAAUGAAAGCCGAUCGUUACAAGAUAAAAUCCUUGACCUUCUGUACGCAACAAAUUGACAAUGCACAUACGAAAAAUACAAGAUUUACAGUAUUUAAAAAAACUUAUUUUGAGUCGAGUAUCAUUGACAAUCGGCCUAUUUACAUAUAUAAUACAGAUGAAGUAUUUAAAAAAGACAACAUUUAUAUCCGAGAAAUUGGGAAAGACUUAAUCACGUUAAAUCGUUACAAACAUUGUUUCGAAAAACCAAAUCCAAAUGCAGACAAUGAAGAUACCUCCAUUCUGAGGUUUAUGGAAGACAUUCAAGAUUCACCAAUGUACAGAAAAUUUAUAUUAAAUACACGAUAG